AUGGUUGCUCAGAUCAUGAAUCAAUUCGAAAGCUCCGUCUUCCAGCCCGCACUCCAACCCGAGAAAUCUACUGAGCAACCUACCGAGCAACCCGUCAAGAACCCCCAGAUCGAAGCACCCGCGAUGUCCACCGUAGUUGGAAUUACUCUUCCGACAGUUGAAAACAUACACGAAUAUGAGUUCUUACCGGGCCAUUUCGUGGUCCGUCGAAUCCUCCAGCUAGACGCGGAGGAUGCAAAGAAGCCAUCAUACACCGUUCGUCUACAAAGCGGCGAACGUGCAACAAUGACCUACGACAAACUCAUGAAAUUGGAGAACAGCGUCUCGGCCCUCGAUCAGUUCAACCCCGAUUCAGAUUCCGACGAUGAGUUGUUGGUGGUUGGAAACCGUUCUAUCUCGCCCGAACACCAUUUUGGCGGGGAUGGAGUGUCGGAUAGCUCAGGCGGGGGUGGCUUUGGAAACAGACAGAAUCGGAACACACGGCGUCGGACUACUGCGACAGUCGGCCAGUAUACCUCGGUUUACGGAUUCGAGGACAGCGACCAAAGCGAUGAAGAGGAGGAACCAAGUCGGUCACAUAGAUACGCAACGCGCAGGCUUAGGCGGGGUAGCCGAAAGUCAGAUCGGAUGUCCACAAAUCCAUCGGAAGGCUACUCGACCUCCAAUCCCAACAGGCGUCAAUCAUCUCGUGCUAGGAGAAGUUUGCGCCACAAUUUGCGAGAGCGAUUUGAAGAUGAAUUUUCUGAGACAGAGAGUAUUCGCCCAAGACAGCAGAAAUAUUCCGGUGCUAGGGAAGCAUUCCAAGAGAUUCCGCGCGACGACGAGUUCAGAAUCCGACACUUCGCGUGUUGCGCUACGUGUAGUGUCUAUGAAGAUGACCCGGAGAAGGGAGAUCUUGUUUUUUGCCAGGGUUGCAGCUCAUCAUAUCAUCAAGUUUGUCUGGGACCCCGAACCACCCGGGAUCAUCUCGUCACCAAGAUCGACGAGGGCAACUUUGUCUUACAGUGUCGUCGCUGUCUUGGAAUUGCCAACGGAAAGCAUGAUGUUGCUCCACACCUAGGAUUCUGCGCAAUUUGCAAGGAAGAGGGAAACAUGUCACAGCCACUGAGGCAGCGUUUGACAUCGAAAGAAGAACAGCAGCUUCGCAUUUCCAAUGAAGGCACAGAUCCUAUCACGCCAGUCGACAUGGCUCAGGUGAACAAUAUAGACAACGUUCUCUUUAGGUGUGCUAGCUGUCAGCGGGCUUUCCACUCAAAACACCUCCACUCAGCGACAGGGGAUGAUAACUCGGAAGUGUUUGCAGACCAUAUCAAACACUGGCAAUGCAGUGAUUGCUCCGAGGCCCCUGGCGAAAUCGAUGAGCUUGUUGCGUGGCGUCCGCUCGAUGCACAGCUCAAGACUUCAGUAGGCCUCAUCGGCGAGGCGGUCCCAGAGAUCGAGAAAGAAUAUCUCAUCAAGUGGAAACAGAAGUCCUACUUCCGCACUAAGUGGAUGCGAGGAGACUGGGUCUGGGGCUUUGGCAGUCCUAUCAUGCGCCGAGCGUUCUAUAACUCACCCAAAUCCGAAAACCCGAUCUGGACGACCGAGAAAGCAAUCCCCGAAGAAAACUUGCGAGUCGACAUCGUAUUUGAUGUGACAUACCGAGAAGGUACCAAAACGGAAGACAAAUCAAACCCGGAGAUGGUUGAAUCAGCCUUUGUGAAAUACAAAGGAUUGAAUUAUGAAUCUUCUGUGGUGGAGUCGCCUCCUGAUCCACUUAACAAAGACAGAUGGGAAGAUUUCAAAAUUGCUUUCUGCGACUGGCUCUUGCGCGACACCAUCCAGCCUCCCAACAGAAGCGCUUUGAAGGCACAUUUAUCGAAAGCUCGGCAGAAGAAUUUCGAGAAAGACCUGGCCUUACGGGUUCAGCCCGAACUCCUGACUGGCGGUGAACUUAUGGAAUACCAAAUGGAUGGUAUCAACUGGCUUUACUACAAGUUCCUCAGAAAAGAGAACGCCGUUCUAGCCGAUGAUAUGGGUCUUGGUAAAACUGUCCAAGUGAUUGGACUUUUCGCAACUCUCAUUCAAACCCAUGAAUGUUGGCCGUUUCUGGUGGUGGUACCCAAUUCGACCGUUCCGAACUGGCGACGCGAAAUCAAAAUGUGGACACCGAAUGUUCGGGUUUCCACAUACUUCGGCUCGGCUUUUGCUCGUCAAACGGCUAAAGACUACGAAAUGUUCCCCCAAGGAGGCCACAAUCUCCGGUCACAUGUCGUCAUUGCUUCAUAUGAGAGUAUGGUCGACGACGACGCCAACGCUAGAGUUCUGAGAAAGGUUCGCUGGGCAGGUUUGGUUGUCGACGAGGGACAGCGUCUCAAAAAUGACAAAUCUCAACUUUACGAGUGUCUUCGCCGCAUGAAAUUCGACUUCAAGGCCAUCCUUACUGGCACGCCUCUUCAAAAUAACAUUCGAGAACUCUUCAAUCUCCUUCAAUUCAUCAAUCCAGAGCUUGAUGCUGAAGAACUCGAGGAGCGCUAUAGUGAAUUGAACAAAGAGAACAUCAGUGCUCUCCAUGAGAUGAUUCGACCUUGCUUUUUGCGUCGCACGAAGGCCGAGGUUUUACCCUUUCUGCCGCCGAUGGUACAGAUCAUCCUACCCGUUUCGAUGUCUGUCGUGCAGAAGAAGCUCUACAAGUCAAUCCUUGGGAAAAAUCCUGAGCUAAUCAAAAUGAUCUGCAAGAAGCAAACAGGCCAGUUGAAGAAGGCAGACCGGCAUAAUUUGAACAAUAUUCUCGUUCAGCUCAGAAAAUGCAUUUGCCAUCCAUUCCUCUAUAAUAGAGACAUCGAAGAGCAAACCCAUGAUCCACUCAUGGCUCAUCGACAUCUGGUAGAGGCUUCUGGAAAACUUCAGCUGCUAAAUCUGAUGCUGCCGAAGCUGCGUGAGCGCGGAAACAGGGUUCUCAUCUUCAGUCAGUUUCUACAGAACUUGGAUAUCGUUGAAGAUUUUCUCACCGGUCUCGACAUGAAAUACUGCCGCCUGGAUGGAAACUUGUCGUCUCGGGAGAAGCAGCAACAGAUCGACAGUUUCAACGCUGAAGAUUCUUCUUAUUUCGCGUUUCUUCUAUCUACUAGAUCCGGUGGCGUGGGAAUCAACCUUGCUACUGCAGACACUGUGAUCAUCAUGGACCCGGACUUCAACCCUAAGCAAGACAUGCAAGCGUUGUCUCGAGCUCAUCGAAUCGGUCAAAAGAACACUGUUCUUGUGUUUCAUCUGACAACAAAAGCUUCUGUGGAAGAGAGGAUCAUGGAAAGAGGCAAGAAGAAGCUGGCACUGGACCAUGUACUUAUUGAGCGCAUGGAGGCGGACGAAGAUGAAGAGGAUCUGGAGUCGAUUCUUAGGCAUGGUGCUCAAGCACUGUUCGAAGAUGAUGAUGCCGGCCACGUCCAGUACGACCCGGAAUCAAUUGAUAGGAUCCUGGAUCGCAGUCAGGUUGAAAAGGCGGAGGAGACUUCCGGGAGCACUCCCAAUGGAUCGUCGGACCAGCCUCAGUUCAAUUUUGCGCGCAUAUGGCAAAACGACACCGGCACACUAGAAGAGGUGACCGAAACGGAAGACAAGCCUGUGGAUGACACUAUUUGGGAUCAAAUCUUGCAGGAGCGUGAGCAGGACGCCAUCAAAGAAUCAUAUCGGAAAGCCGAGGGCUUCGGUCGGGGCAAACGCAAGCGAAAUACUGUGAACUAUGAAUCCACAGUGGAAGAGGUCCAUGAUUUUGAUGGGGUCCAAUCAUCUCCCUUAAAGGUUUCCCAGAAGCAAGCUCAUGGAAGCGACACCGAUUUCCAGCAGGAAGACAACGGCGAGGCGUCUGAUUCUCCAGAUGAAACAGAUGAUAUGGAAUUAGACCAGAUGGAAAUUGAUACAUCGCUUGUCAAUGUGAAGGCCCGUCCGUUCAAGCGAGUGAAGCUGCCAUCGCCACCGCCCUCGCUGCCCAUGGGCGUUGAUGGGACUCAAGAUACUACUCACCAUCUUUGCAUCGCAUGCAAUCAACACCAUGCCCUUGGUCGCUGCCCAUUGAAAAUAGCUGGAGUUGAGCAUUGUCCCCUCUGUGGCCUGGCGCACUUGGGUAGAAACCGAAGUUGCCCCCAUCUACGCAGUGAGGUUCAGGUUAAACGCAUGAUUGAGGCGUUGAAAGAGAGCAAAGAACCUUCCGGGUAUGUCGCCAUCGCUAAAAAAUACCUCCAGGGUAUUUUGGGAGAUUUCGGUCAGCGCGCACGCAAGAAGGCUGCGAAGGAUGCAGAACGAGAGCUUGCCCAAAGCAUGCCUCAAGCUUCGGGGCCCUCGGCUCCAGCUCCACAAAGCACGUCCCAUUCUAUGCAGCAAUAUUCUCCUGCGGUGACUUCGGCCCUUGUGCCCAAUCCCGAACCCCUCGGCCAGCACGGUUCAGUUUCGUCAAACGACUUCGCUCUUCCAUACCAGCAGACGCAUUCUCAACAGCCGAGUCACUCUCGGCAAUACCAACAAUGA